AUGUUUUCGAAUGAUACUUAUAUAUAUAUGGAUGAACCAUCCAUUCAUGCUUUAUUAAAAUGCAAAUUAUGUUCUAAACCAUUUGUUGAACCUGUUUCAACACAAAAUGGUGAACGAUUUUGUCGAUCAUGUAUUUCUCAAAUAUUACGUCGAGAUCAAUCUCAUGAUAAUGGUACAACAAAUAUAACUAACGAAUAUCAAUCAUCCACAAAACAAAAUUUAAUUCCUGUUACUGAAAAACUUGUAUUAGAAAUGCUUGAUUCACUUCUUGUUCGAUGUGGAAAAUGUGGAAAAACUAAUUUACUUCGAGGUCAAUUCGAUGAACAUAAAAAUAACGAAUGCCCAAAAGUAACUGCUUUAUGUCAAGCUGCUGAUAUAAAAUGUCCAUGGGUUGGUAUACGUGAAAAUCUUGAAGAGCAUUUAAAUGAAUGUAAAUUUGAACCAUUAAGACCUGCAUUAGAAGAAAUCUUUAAUGAACAUAAUGAAUUGAAAAAUCGAAUUAAAACUUUAGAAACACAAAUUAAUGAAUUACGAAAUAAGAAAAAUUUAGAAAUGGAUGCAAAUUUUUAA